GAUAGCAUCGCGAUAUCAUUCUACCCCUCAGUACCUACUCGACACCUAGUACAACCACAUAUUUUUUUGAACUUAUCAAAAUGACGAUAUAUGGCCAAAAUAUAUCCAUCGACCCCGAAAAUGAGAAUGAAGACGAGAAUGAACCCCUCCUUCCAGAGAACAGCCGCUAUCCCACCCAAAAUACCACAAAACCAUAUACCAAACUUGUUGUACUUCUAUACUUGUUAAUUCUCAUUGUAGACUUUGGAGGGCUUCUUCAACUUGCACCGAUGACCCAAAUCUUUGAAACCAUCAUAUGUCACAAAUUCUAUGCCCGUUAUCCAGCCAACCAAGACAUAGAGGAGAUCAAUUAUUCCUGCAAGAUACAAGAAGUUCAAAGCGAGCUCGUGCUUCUCAAAGGCGUCCAGAGUUGUCUUAGUAUUCUCCCGAACUUACUUUUGACCAUUCCUUAUGGUGUUCUCGUCAACAUCUAUGGGCGCCAACUAAUCCUAUGUCUUGCAAUGCUAGGGAUUUGCUUACAGCUUACUUGGAUAAUUUUUAUAUCUUGGUUUUCUGACAUAUUCUCUCUCCGACUGAUAUGGCUAUCGUCUGCAUUUCAUAUCAUCGGGGGAGGGCCAAGUGUAGCAUUGUCAAUUGUCUAUGUACUCGUGGCCGACACAGUCCCUGAUAAUGCUCGGGCGCAGGUAUUUUUCGGGCUGGAUGCUGCUAGACUACUUGCAGUAGCAGCAGGAACAGCAACCAGUUCUGCGCUCAUGAAGCGAGGCCCAUGGAUUCCUAUGCUUUUCGCGCUUCUCGUCACCUAUAUUGGCAGUUCGCUUGCAUUAUUCAUACCGGCUGGUGGAACAGCCUCAAGCUUAAUGAGGAAUUCUAGACAUAAUUCGCCAGAAGACGCACAAGCUUCUGGUGCGUUUUCUACCACAACACGUUUUUCAUCUCUAGAAAUAAGAUAUAAAUUAUUCAAGAAUGAUUUACGAAGGUUUAUAAAGUCUUUAUUAAUCAACAGUCUUGCGAGGAAAAUUCUCGUUAUGUCCGUUAUUAGUACCUUAGCUGGCAGCUCUUCCAGUCUUGUUCUAAUCUAUGCAUCGAAGCGGUUUGACUGGAGCUUUGCAAGGGCAAACCUUUUAACCACACUUCGAGCUAGCAUUAACCUGGUCGUCAUCCUACUCCUGAUUCCCCUGGCCGGCUUCUGGCUCAUGGUCCGGUGCAAAGUUUCUCACAGAGAAAAGGAAACCUAUCUAGCACGGGGAAGUGCAUCUUUUAUUCUCCUUGGGCUGUUUAUAGUUGCAAUAGCCCAUACUCCAGCUCUGCUGAUCACCGGUGUUGUAGUGUCAUCUCUGGGAUUUGGUGUUGAUGCUCUGCUUCGUUCAAUUCUGACAUCAGUCAUUCCUAGCCAUGAAAUUGGCACAUUCUACACAUCAAUGACACUUUUACAGAAUCUGGGAGAAUCUGCUGGCGGACUGCUAUACUCGACUCUAUUUUCUGUGGCAUUGAAUCUACAGGGGUUUUGGCUUGGGCUACCAUAUAUGAUUUCGGCUAUCCUGUCUGUUCUCUUUUUAGUUAUGGCCUUCGAUGCGCGACUUUCACAUGACAAGUCUGAAGAUCAAGAAGAUUAGCCCGGCACAAUCUCGAGCCAACGGAAGUUGUGGCAGAGACUUUUAUCUUAUCACAGUAAUCAAAGAAGUAUCA